GUUUAGCUAUGGCUAAUUAGUAUAAAAGGAUGCCAAGGCACAAAGUAGAAAAAAUACUCUGCUCCUGCGUUUCUAUGGGUGUAUAACAAAAAAAGUAGUCACUAGCCAAAUCCUUGACAAUUUUGAAAUGAUAAUGCAGAGCAACAAAUACGUUAAUCUUGUCCAACCUCAUCCUACAUCUCCAUUGAAGUGGAGCAUUGGCUAUAAGAAAAAGCCAGUGCAGGUGAACCGGAAUGUGAAUCUCAGCAGAUUGAUGCUUUGUUGCUCUUUUAGCAGGGAGGAGUAUGAAACAUUUUUGCUUACAGCACAGGGACAAAUCUGCAACGAGGUGACUAUUGCUGAUGGAAGUAGCAGAUCUUUCUGUUCUGAUAAAUGGUUAAGAGGACAAGAUCCAUCAAACGGUUAUGGUAUUACAAGGGUAAUUGAAGAUGGCAAUCUAUUGGAGAAAGGAGCUGUCAAUGUCUCAAUAGUGCAUGGUCAACUUUCAGAAGCAAGGGCUAAGGCUAUGAGCGCUCGUGGACAAAUCGAAGCUGGUUGUCAUUAUUUUGCUGGGGCACUUUCCCUUGUUUUUCACCCCCAAAAUCCUUAUGUGCCAACAUUUCGAGCAGAUGUGCGAUAUUUUGAGAUAGAUGGAGGCUCUGGUUGGUUUGGUGGUGGUGCUGAUCUUACCCCUUGUUACCUUGAUAUUGAGGAUGCAGAAUACUUCCACCAUUUCCUCAAGCAAAUUUGUGAUAAAUAUGAUCCAUCCUUUUAUUCACAGUGCAAAUCUAAAUGUGAUGCUUACUUUUAUAUUCCUGUAAGGAAGCAGCACCGUGGCAUUGGGGGGAUAUUUUUUGAUGACUUGGAAUAUUUUAAGGAGCAGAGUGGUGCUGGGGAUAAAUCAUUAUUGGCUACGGAUAGAAAGGAAGCCAAUAUUCAGGAUAAUACUAAAAUAAGUGGGAGGGAGAAAGCUUUUAGGUUCAUAAAGGAGUUAGCAGAAGGGUUUACAUCAAGUUUUUUGCCCAUUGCUAACAAAUCCAGGUUUCGGGACUUUGGCAAGAGACAAAAAGAGUGGCAGCUUCUUCAACGUGGAAGAUAUUUGGAAUUUAAUCUUCUUUAUGACCGUGGCAUUAAGUUUGGUCUUGAUGGUGGAAGAAUUGAAUCCAUUAUGGUUUCAGCACCUCCUCUUGUGUCCUGGAAGUAUGAUAAAAAACCAAUUUCUGGAUCCCCAGAAGCUGAAAUGCUACAGGUUCUUUGCAAGCCUCGUGAAUGGAUUCGAGGCUGAUUUGAAAACUACAUUCGAAUACCACAAAUUUGCUGAAUGCAAUGAACCCAGUGUUGGAUUAAACUUGAAUAGAGCACCUCACAGAUGCUUAUACCCUUCGAACAUUUUUGUCAUUGUUGUCUUAUAAAUUGUUGAAUAGUUUCUGGGAGAAAGAGUAGAAAAAUAUUACUGAAGUGAACAAAAGUUUCUAUAAAAACUAGAAGCUCGACAGAGAUAAUGUGAAAACAAGGAAAAAUCAAAAGAUUUGUUCCUUGGUGUGUAUCUUUUAUUAUUUCUAUCAUAUAACUUUUGCAUACAACUGAGUUUAUUCUAGGUUGGAGAACGAGUGUGUAGACAGGCACUGUCUGGAAACAGAAAGAGAUAUUGGACAUAUAAGAGCAGAUCUUGGCAAAAAAAUGGCACCUUCUAGUGUUAACUUUUCAUUAUGAAAGAGAGAGAGUUAUGGCUAUGAAAAAGAAAAGUAAUAGGAUGUACCAAAGGGGAGAAGCGAUUAGAAUAAGUGAGAAAAAUUUCUCAAUAAACCAAAUUCAUUGAGAUGAUAAUAAUAGGGUUCCCCAUGAUAUUUCAAAGGUA